CGCGGCGGAGCCAGAACCGAGAACCUCCGUGCGUUUAUUACAAGUACGUCACUGCAGUAAUAUUAAAACAAAAAAGAUGAGCAGACAUAAGGCUUCAGGAGGUAGUUUUUUUUAAUUAACGAUUGUUAUUGGGGAAAAAUGUGAUACGGAUCCAAAGAGAUUCCUCUUGAGAUUCCUGUCUUUUUCUUUCAGCUAACCUCACGGGACACACAGAGAAAGUGGGCAUGGAGAACUUUGAACUGCUGAAGGUUCUUGGAACUGGAGGUGAGAUGAUCUCUGUAGGUGGAACCCGGAAGGAUUUUCAGCAUAUCGCAGCUCGGCACCUGCACAGCUCGCUCAUCUGUCCGGGACGCCUAUCGUUACGUUCUCUUACGUGAGCAGGCACAAGACGGUGUACUCUUUCACUUUUACUACAGACACCAGGGCAAAUGUAGGUAGGGUAUGAAAAUCGAGCCUUUUCCUUCUUCAGUCGAGCAGAAGCCGUGGUUCGUUCGGUCUCGCCUCAAGAGCGCGUGCGGUUGUCCGGGACUCGUUCCGAACCAUCUACUCACGUGAAUAAUUUUUAAUGAAUUUAGAAACAUUUGACCUAAACGAAUCCCAGAAUAAAGGUCAGUCACUUAUUUCGUACAUACUCACAAGGUGCAGUAAUGUGCGUAUGAAUUUACCGUGCGUGUGUUGCAAAUGUUCUCUCAUCUGCGUCCUGCAACCUCAUGCUCCCGCUCGCCUUUCUCCUUUCCACCUCCUCCACCGUCUCUGCGAUCUUCCUCUCUGUGCCCCUCCGAUUGCCGCUCCAGCCUACGGGAAAGUGUUCCUGGUGAGAAAGAUCAGCGGCCACGAUGAAGGGAAGCUGUAUGCCAUGAAGGUUCUGAAGAAAGCGGCCAUUGUCCAGAAGGCGAAGACGGCAGAACACACGCGCACUGAGCGCCAGGUCUUGGAACAUAUCCGCCAGUCGCCCUUCCUCGUCACGCUGCACUACGCCUUCCAGACACACUCCAAGCUGCACCUCAUUCUGGACUAUGUGAGCGGAGGGGAGAUGUUCACUCACCUGUACCAGCGGGAUCACUUCGCGGAGGAUGAGGUCCGGAUCUACAUUGGGGAGAUCAUCCUGGCGCUGGAGCACCUGCACAAGCUUGGCAUCAUCUACCGAGAUAUCAAAUUGGAGAAUAUCCUGCUGGACAGCGAGGGGCAUGUGGUGCUCACCGACUUUGGCCUCAGCAAAGAGUUUCUGGAUGACGAGAAGGAAAGGACGUACUCUUUCUGCGGAACCAUCGAGUACAUGGCUCCAGAAAUCAUCAGGGGGAAGUCGGGUCACGGCAAGUCGGUCGACUGGUGGAGUCUGGGCAUCCUAAUGUUCGAGUUCCUGACCGGGGCCUCACCCUUCACCCUAGAGGGGGAGAAGAACUCUCAGUCCGAGGUGUCCAGGCGUAUCCUGCGCUGCGACCCACCGUUCCCCCCAGAAAUCGGCCCGUUGGCUCGGGACCUUCUGCGUAAGCUGUUGGUGAAAGAUCCCCGCAAGAGGCUCGGCUCCGGACCUCGGGGUGCGGAAGAGAUCAAGAGCCACCCCUUCUUCAAGGGACUGAACUGGUCAGACUUGGCUGAGAAGAAGGUGGCCGCCCCCUUCCGGCCAGAGCUGCGCAACGAGCUGGAUGUGGGGAACUUUGCCGAGGAGUUCACGGGCAUGGAACCAAUCUACUCCCCAGCCAGCACCCCCCCAAGCACAGACAGGCUGUUCCAGGGCUACUCCUUCAUUGCUCCUUCCAUUUUGUUCAACCGAAAUGCUGUGAUGGGAGACUUUCUGGAGACUCAGAUGAGCCCGGAGCGUCCUGGUUCAGCCAGCGUAGAGCGCAGUGCCAUGCUGAAGGACUCGCAGUUCUUCCAGCAGUAUGAGCUCUGCCUGCAGGAGGUACCCCUGGGGGAGGGAAGCUUCUCCGUCUGCAGGAAGUGCAGGCACAGACAGACCGGGCAGGAGUACGCGGUGAAAAUAGUGAGCCGCAGGAUGGAAGCAAACACCCAGAGGGAGAUUGCAGCACUCAGGCAGUGUGAGGCUCACCCCAACAUCGUCAAACUGUACGACGUUUACCAUGAUCAGUACCAUACGUACCUGGUGAUGGAGCUCCUGCGGGGAGGUGAGCUGCUGGAGCGCAUUAAGAAGAAGAAGCUGUUUGCAGAGGGGGAGGCCAGCCAGCUCAUGAGAAGCCUGGUUUCAGCAGUGAGCUUCAUGCAUGAUGCUGGAGUUGUGCACCGUGACCUCAAGCCUGAGAACGUGCUGUUUGCAGAUGGGAGCGAGGAUGCUGUACUGAAAGUCAUCGACUUUGGGUUUGCACGGCUGUGCCCUGCUGGCAGCGCCCCUCUGCAGACGCCAUGCUUCACGCUUCAGUAUGCCGCACCCGAGCUCUUCCACAGCACCGGCUACGACCAAGCCUGCGACCUCUGGAGCCUGGGCGUCAUCCUGUAUACCAUGCUGUCUGGACAAGUACCCUUCCAAAGUGAGACCAAAAGGAUGACUUCAUCACAUGCGGCAGAUAUUAUGCGCAAAAUAAAGGAAGGUGACUUCUCAUUGGAUGGUGAGGCUUGGAGGGGCGUGUCCGAGGAGGCAAAGGAGCUGGUGAGAGGCCUGCUGACAGUGGACCCAGAGAAGAGGCUGAAGCUGUCUGCCCUCAGGGAGAACGAGUGGCUCCAGGGCGGGGGGGCUCUCUCCUCCACCCCCCUGCGCACGCCUGACGUCCUGGAGUCCUGCGGCCCCACCGUCCGCACCUACGUCAACGCCACGUACAAGGCCUUCAACAAAGGGAAGCGCGAGGGCUUCUUCCUGAAGAGUGUGGACAACGCCCCGCUGGCCAAGCGCCGCAAGAUGAAGAUGACCAGCACUGGGGUGGAGACGCGGCGGAGCUCCUCCUCUUCCUCGUCUUCCUCGUCGUCGUCUGCCCCUCCGCCGGGCACCGCCGCCAACCCCAAGGCGCGGCCCACGCCCAGCUCCGAGCCCACGGCUCGGACUUAGGGGCGGCUUUGGAAAAGCACCGCGGAACGCACACGCCGCAACGUGCGAAAACGGAAGCGGAUGGACAGAGAGCGAGCGAGAAAAGCUGUACCCCCAAGCACUGAUCCAAGAUUAACUCUCCUGACCCAAUACCUUGAAGGGAUUUCCUUCACCAACAGAAGGCUGCUCCUGAACUGCCACUUGCUGAUCUCAUCAACCAGCACCAAGGGGUGGUUGUCCAAGAGGCAGGUCCAGCUGGAACUGAAAAGCAGCUGAAGCCAUAGAGGAGCAGGAGUAGGAGCAGGAGCAUCAGGAUCCAGCAGUGCAAUUAAAGCCCCAGAGCUUCAUCCCUGUGAGCUUCCCAGUCCUGGCCCAGGAGGCUUAACCCACUGCUGCUGGGCCCAUGAAUCCCCAGGACCUGGAUGGGGCAGCCCUGCUGGUGGGUGUGGAGAGGAUGAUGGUUCAGAGCAUGAGAUUAAACCCCCAUUUGCCACUCAUUAGUCCUUCUGUAACCCAGCGGGGGUUGUCACAUCUCCAGCCUGCAAUCCCCCCAACCUUGUCGCCUUCAGAGCCACGAUGCACUUUCCACAAAGGCAGCGCGAGAGACAUGUUGGUAGAAAAGAUUCCCAGACAGACCUCUUUACUGCUUCCCCAGUUUGAGCCAAAGUUUUGUUGCAGAGCCCUUGUCCAAGUACUAAGACUGAUGAUCCCCAAGGGCAGAGCACCUCGACGGUCUCUUGCAGGGCUCUCGUCUUCUGCCGUCUUCACGGGAGGUGUGGCUGUGAGCAGGAGUCGAACCGUGGAGCCAGGGUGUGCGUUUGUAACUUAUUGCAGAAGUCAUUCAAGCACAAGAGAAACAUUUACAUGAGUAUUUUAGUUUAAGUGCUUCAGUGGAACCAGAUAAAUUGUCAUGACACUGUGGAUUUUUUCUUUUUUUCUUUAAGUAUUUUAUGGAUUUGUUUUUAUUCCUGAACCCAUUUUUGCUUCAAAGCCUUGACUGUGAAAUGUUGCUGUCAUACAUGUUCACUGAGAGCUGAAUGGACUUUCAUGCCACCGUUUGCUGCCCACCAUGGCCUCCAUGGGAGCAGGGAGCGAAGACGGCACUGCACGACCACUUUUGUCAUCGCUUUUAAGCGUGGGGAGUACAGCGGAUUCAUUUUUGUCCAUAAUUUGCUAUACAGCUUUAACCUGUCUUUGACACAUUGUUGUGUUUCCCGUUUCCCGCCCGCUGUUGUUGUUGUGUGGAGAUGUCUGUGCAGGUGACACUCUGCAUCAUCAGACAUAUUCCACACACACUCUUCUCAAUUUCUCAUCCAUAGAAGUUAGGGAAAGGCUGGGCCAGUGAAAUGUUCUAAGUGUAUUUUAUUUCUAUUACUUUUAAGUUCAUUAGUGUGUGUCAUUAGAUGUCUUUCUCAACCUAAUGAUUUUAGUUGAAUUUUAAACAAUGUCUAAGUGUCAUGUGAUGAAGUACCUUUUUGCAAGAGGAGUUGGUUUCAUGAACAGCAAAAGGAAAAAAAAAAGUUUUGUGAAAUGAAAUCAUGCAUUAAACUUUUAAUAUCUGAUCUUUAACAAUGUCAAGUACAUUUUACCUGAC